AUGCGGCGUCGCUUUCCCCUGCCCCUCUCGACGUUGGUCAAGCACAUGCUGCUCAAUGUUACGUGGACGACGCCAGAGUACAUUAAUGCGCCAGAGGACAAGGCAGCAUAUGUGUCAUGGGUGCUAACGUCAGAGAAGGGAAUGUACAUCAUCGCCGUCUGGAAUGGGUGGCAUGAUGUCGUGAAGCGCGUCCGAGAUGAACAUAACGCGAAGACCUCGACGUUGUUUUCGUUUAGGCACCUGUUCAAGUGGCUUCGGCUAGGGACUGGGACCGCACAUGUUGUGCCAGAAAGACGUGAAGUCAUCCAAAGCGAAGACAUCCCUUCACAUGCACGCAUCGAUGUCGAACGGGAACCUCCUUGCUUCACCAGGAUGGCAUUGUAUUUGGCAACUGGCACAGAGCUGCGGGAGUCGUCAUGUCGCACGAGCUCCCAAGCUUAA